UUCCCUGACUUCCACCUUCUACAGAAAGUCUUCCUUAACGCCUUUUAUUUUGAGCGCUUUCACUCUGUUAACAGUUUCCAUUUCUAUAGCUUAUUUUGUGUAUAUAAAUAUAUAUUUCUUUUUUCAUAUUGCCUCUUUCAUAAAAUAGUAAGCUCCUUGAAGGCAGGAAUUGUUUUUUGCCUCUUUUUGUAUUGCUAGCACUUAGUACAGUGCCUGGCACAUAGCAGAUGACUAUUAAAUGUUUUUGAUUGAUCAUAGGUCAAGGACUUUAAGGGUAUACAACAGUAUCAGGUUAAAAUAGUUAACUAUAAUAUUAAGAUUGCAAAGGGAGAAAAGCGAGGCCUGAGCAGGGGUGAUGGACAGGGAAAUCCAGUAGUGACUGGAGACUGAAGUGAGGAUGGGUAAUAGAUUUGGGAGAAGUUCUGGAUGGUGGGAGUAUGCAUUUGUGUGUGCUGAGAUCAAGGAUAUGCUCCGCCUUUUGUGUGUGCCUGAGAUAUAAUAAAGGUGCAGUUUAUAGGCAUUAGGGAGGUGGACAAACUGGGGAAUCAAGGUAUUUGGAAGAACAUCCACAUGUAUAUUGAAAGCCCUAAGCAUAAGGUUGGAAACUGGGAUGUGAUUAAGAUCAUGAGCUUGGAGCUAAACAUCUUAAAACUGAGACUGAAUGACCUGUGCGCCAGUAGGUAACUGCCACCUGGAUCUUGCCUGGGGAAUUUAGUUGGAAAGAGUGAACCUCAAUGCAGGAGAGGUUAUUGAAAGAUGGCUGCAGGGGAUGGAUCUGGAAGUCUCAGAAGGAGCUAAGAGUUUCUUUUCUAUUUCCACGUGAUUCAGUGUGUUGUGGGGGAGGAGAAUCAGAUAAGUUGAACUCAGUAUUGGGAGAGGGUGACCAAACAUUCAGUGUUCUUGGGAGGAGCCAAGUUUCCUUGAUGGCAAAAAGAUGGAAGGAGCUAUGUGGAAGAAAGCUGAUCCCAAGGGAGUGAGGAUUGAGAAGAUGGUGGACCAUCUGGUGAAUACUGAGAUCAACAGCCAGAGAAUCGCAGCUGUGGAGAGUUGUUUUGGCACCUCGGGGCAGCCAUUGGCAUUACCAGGUCGGGUGCUCCUUGGUGAGGGCAUCCUAACUAAAGAGUGCCGCAAAAAAGCCAAGCCCCGAAUCUUCUUCCUCUUCAAUGAUAUUCUGGUCUAUGGCAGCAUCGUGAUCAACAAGCGCAAGUAUAGCAGCCAGCACAUCAUCCCCCUGGAGGAGGUGACACUGGAGACCCUCCCAGACACCUGGCACGCCAAGAAUCGCUGGAUGAUCAAGACAUCCAAGAAAUCCUUUGUGGUGUCAGCCGCCUCCCUGACUGAGCGUGAAGAGUGGAUCCGCCACAUUGAGGAGUGUGUGAGGCGCCAGCUGCGGGCCACAGGACGCCCCCCUACCACGGAGCAUGCUGCGCCCUGGAUACCAGACAAAGCCACGGACAUCUGCAUGCGCUGCACCCAGACCAAGUUCUCCGCCCUCACCCGCCGCCAUCACUGCCGAAAGUGCGGCUUCGUAGUCUGUGGUGACUGCUCGCGGGAACGUUUCCUUAUGCCCCGCCUCUCUCCCAAGCCCCUUCGGGUCUGUGGUCUUUGCUAUCGGGAGCUGGCCGCCGAGAAGCAGAAAGAAGAGGAGGGGGAAGAGGAAUUGGAAGGGCAGACGCAACCCCAGCAGGACCUUGCUCACUCCCCCGGAACAACCUAUGGUGUAUCCAGUGGGGAGGAUGAAAGCGACAAGUCAGAUGAGGACAAGGAUGGGGGCUCCUCUGGUUCCUGGCCUAUGGGGCUGGAGUUCUAUGCCACUGGGGUUAAAUGGUCAUCCUUCCACAGCUAACCUUUGCCCAAAAACCAUUUGGGGACUAGUUUAAAGGGGACAUGACUACCCUGAAGAGUUUCUUUCCCCCCCCCAAACAUAUGCAGUCUGGUUGUCUCCAUUUGUUCAGCCUUCCUUGGUGAGGACUUGGAAAUUGGAUGCCAUAAGACAGGUUAAAAUAGAUUCUAAAUUCAUCCACAGAGCCCCAUUGUGUUGCUUGAGAGGCAAGGAGUGAGCAAUGGAUAAAAAAAAGGCCAUAUUCUUAAUACUCUUGGCACUCCCCGUGCCCAUCCUUUAAGAGUUUUGCUCCUUUUAAUCAAGAUCUUCACAGUUGGAUAGGAAAACCAGGGUGUGUUGGGAGAUCCCCACCCCUGCCACCUGGGUCUGGCUGAAGCCUCAGCCUCUCAUCCAGCUGAGCCAGUGGAGCAUUAUGCAAAAGACUUUCAGAACCUCUGGCUGAGGAAGGCUCAGAGGAGACCAUGAAGGAGAGCAAGUAUCUGCAUCUACAUCCAAGAGAACCAACUGUCCCAAAAACAACCCAGUUCUGUUUAGGCUCCUACUGUAGAUCUCAGCAUUGGUUACUUAGGUUCCUGAUUCCUUCAGUCUGAGUUCUCUGCCUCCCCCAGCAAUGUCACUGCUGCAAGGGUUGCUUCUUAGUGUGUAGGAACUGAUGGGAAAUAUUUCCUCCUGCCCAGGGACCAUGUUGGAAGGGCCCCAAGAACCUUAGUGAUACAUGAAUCCAGAUGCCCAUAGAUUUCAGAGAUACUACUUGAUUAGAAAACCAAUAACCUAAAGACACCUUGGUCCAUCCUUGGGUGUACAUCUGAACCUGAUGAUGGUCUCUCCAGCCCUAAAAGUAAUAUUGCACUAGAAAAAAAUCUUAUUAUUUAUAAAAGGGUAGGGGUAGCCCUAUGGCAUCUUGGAGGAGCUGAGAGGGAAGCAGGAUUAAUUUUGCCCAUGACUGUGGUACUUCCUAAAUGUUCUAUCAACCCAAAUGUACAAAAUUCACAAUAAUCAUACUGAAUCUCAUACCUCCAUCCAAGUUUCAUCUUUUCCUUCCAUAAUAUACCACCAGUCUGGGGUGGAUGGUAUAGGGGAGAGGUGGGAAGAAGGGGGAGUGAGAAGGAAAGGGCCAAGAGUGGGGGCCACGUGUACUAAAAAAGGCAUGAUAGGGAGGGAGAUGCUUAUAAGGCAUUGACGCAAAUGUAGAGACAUACUUGUCAGUUGAACCAGAAAUCUGUUUUCCUUGGCUUGUCUCCUUUGAAGGAAAGAUCUCCAUCCCUUUCCUAAGCUCAGCAAGUACUGUUCUCCUGGCUGAAUUCGGUAAAACUGUCUUAUUUGGUUUAAACUGUCAAAUUGAUGAGUUGAAAGAAGGAAAAUUUCUCAGCAUCGUUUUCAGCUGAAUGCUAUUUUAUUUUAAAAACCAUACUUUGAUAUAUUCUCUUGGCUUGGAAGAAAUAGUCUCAAAGGUCCUGGAAUGGAUGUUUCUGGCCAUUUAGUUUUGGGAAUCUUACCCCUGUUCUUUCCCUCUUGUCUACAUUGGCUCAGACAAAUAACUGGUCUUGCCCAAGGGUGGAGAAGGCACAGGGAAGACAACCCUGUCUAACCACCACCACCACAAUCUCCCCUUGCUAUAAGUGAAACCAGGUCCCCCUGGGUGAGUGGGGAGAUGAAUGAAAUUUCACCUUUAUAGAUUCAUUCUUUGGGUUAAGCAUUGUCCUCUUCCUCUUAAAAACUGAGCUAUUGGAGCAGCUAGGUGACUGAAUAGAUAGAGAGCCAGACUUGAAGAUGUGAGAUCCUUCAUUCAAAUUUGGCCUCAGACACUAGCUAUGUGACCCUGAGCAAGUCACUUAACCCCCAUGGCCUAGGCCUUACCACUCUUUAGCCUUUGAAUCAAUACUUAGUAUUGAUUCUAAGAUGUAAAACAGUGAUUCAAAAAGAAAUCAGCUAUCCUUGAGAGGAAUGAAAUAUUUAGUCCCCAAAAGCUCAGUGUGAAUGAGUUAAUAAGAUUGCUUUUCUCCUUGGCUACAAAGGGAAUGAAUCUUAAUUUAAAAAUAAUUUAAGGGGGUCUCAGAAGAAGGGUAAAGAAAAACAGACAUAAAAUUGAGGCAACUGUUGUCUUUAACAUUCCUCACACUCUCACCAUUUGAGAGCCUAUUGGGGGCUUAAUCUUUGUUAAGGAUCCUCUUUAGGUCUCUUUUUCUUUUAACAUGGAUUAUCUCUCUUGUCUAGAUUGGUAGUUCUAACUAGCCUGGAUGGUUUAUUAUUGGGACAGUGAGCAGAGGAGGGGAGAGAAGGCAUAAAGAAGGGGAUUGGACAAAUGCGACAUGGCCCAGGGAUUGCUUCAUCACCUUUAAAAAAAAAUAAAAAGGCAACAGUUCUCAAAGCUUUUUUUUUCUCUUCCCUCCCUUAGAAAUACAGCAUUAAGUCCUUUCCCUUAUAGCCUGAGGUCAAAGUGGAACUUGUCCCCAACCUCCAACAUGUGACUUUUGAGGAAAUAUCUUGUCCUGGGGACCCCAAUAUGCCUUUUCCUCAGAACCAAGUCCAGUGCUUCCCCCAGAGUAACUAGGGCCUCAAGUGUGAGUGGGAAGUUUCUGUGGUAACAGCUGCCUCAGCAACUUCUUUCAGGAGCCAAAUUCCAUUUGGGACUCAAAAACCUCCAAAUGGGGAUAAAGGUUUCAGGGUUUGGGAAACUCACAAGACAGAGGGCCUGGUUUGGCAAACAAAUAAGGCCUGUGGGUUGGAUGGCGUUCCACAUGGCUCCACAGAUAGCCACUUGGACUCCCUAUCCAGCUAUAUUUCACUCUCCUUCUGUUUCUCUCUCUUUUUCUUUCCAUCUCUCUCUUUUUUUUCCUAUCCCCCUUCCCCAGCUCUCUCCCCUUCUCCUCUCUUGUCCCAAAACUGUGGACCACCAUGACUGCUCUGGGUCUUCCUACUACUACUCUCUCUUGGUUCUUCCCCUACCUGCCUAGCUGCUCCUCAGUCUCUUUAGAGUUUAGAUGGAUCUUUCUUCACGUCCUGCUCUCUAAUUGUGGAUGUGCUCUAAGACUCUACCCUGAGCCCCUUCUCCCUAUAGCCUCCCUCUGGGUGAUUAGUAAGUCUCAUUCACUAUCUCUAUAUGGAUGAUUCCCAGAUUAAUAUAUACAGGCUUAGUGUUUCUCCUAAACUCCCAUUAAACACCUCAACUUCAACCUAUACAAAAUAGAACUCAUUUUCUUCCCCCUCUCCCCAAACUCAUCCCGUUUCCUAAUUUCUCUAAUUUCCUUAAGAGCAGCACUGUCCUCCUUGGUAGUGUCUUAGUGUGCAAAAAGCAGUAAUAUAAUAAAUCCAAAAAGAUAUAUUAGCGCCAGGCUGAAGGGGUUUAAAUGGCAAGCAAAGGAGUUUCUAUAUUUAAUCCUAGAGAUAACAGGGAGCCACUGCAGUUCAUUGAGUAAGGAAGUGGCAUGGUUCACAUAUGCUCUUUGGCAGUCAUGUGAAGGAUGGGUUGUAAAUGCUUCCAAAGAGGAGAACAAUUAGGCAAGGAAACCAUUUAGGAGACCACUGCAGUUAUCCAGAAGAGAGGUGAUAAGGGUUGUAUGAGUGGAGGGAAGGUAAUAGGAGUGAGGUUUAACAAGUAAAAUUGACAAGACUUGACACUGAUUGGAUGUGUGGGUUAAACAAGAGUGAGGAAUCAGGAAUGAUGCUGAAGUUAGGACCCUGAAAAAAAAUGGUGAUGGUUCCCUGAAAAGAAAUCUAAAUGUUAAGAAGAGGGAAAGAGAUAACGAGUUCUUUUGGACAUGUUAAUUUUGAAAUACCUAUGGAACUCCAAUCGUAAAUAUUAUUAGCCAGGGAGUAUAAAAAGACUAGAGCUUAGGAGAAAGAACUAGGGUUGCCUAUAUAGAUCCGAGAAUCACCUUUUUAGUGAUGAGAAUUAAACUUUUAGAAGCUGAAAAUCACCUAGAACGGGAGUUGUUGACCUGGUGUCUAUGGUUUGUGUGUGUGUCAUACAUAAUGAAGUUUCAAUGUAACCGGGUUCCUUUGUAAUCCCACGUAUUUUAUUUUGUGUAUCUGAAAACAUUCUGAGAAGGGAUCCUUCAGCUUUGUAAGAUUGCCAAAGGAGUCACAAAAGAGAAACCCUGAUCCAAAGAUAGAGACAACCCUGGACAGUCUUGGGUUGCCCCCACAUUUAGAGGGCAGGCUAUAGAUGAUCAGGCAAAGAAACCAGAAAAUCAAGAGAGACUUGUGCAAUUAAAAACUCAGGAGAGGGAGAAGAUAGGUAGCUUGGUGGACAAAGAGUGAGUGGAUAUGGAGGCUUAGAGAUGGGAAGUCCUGGGUUCAUAUCUGGUCUCAGACAUUUCCUAACUGGGUGACCCCUAAUGCCCAUUGCCUAGUCCUUACUGUUCUUCUACCUUGAAACCAAUACUCAAAAUUGAUUCUAAGAAGGUAGGUAAAAGUUUAAACAAAACAAAAAACAAAAAACAACUCAGGAGAGUAUCCAAGAAGAGGGUUCAUUGACUUGUCAAAUAUUUCUGUUUCUACAUCUUGUUAGUUCUGCCUCCACAGCAUCUCUCCAUCUCUGUUCCCUUCUCUCCAUUCUUGUGGUCAGGUCCUUGGUAAGUCCCUAAUUGCCCCUAACCUAGACAAUUGCAAUAGCCAACCCACCACUAUUCUGAACUCCCCUCAACUGCUGAAGUGCCAUUCCUGAAGUGUAUAAUGUGCCAAUUUCCUAACUCUGCUUCCAAAGAGUAGAGGGGGCUCCCUAUUGCCCCUAGGAUAAAAUACAAACUCCUCUGCUUGGCAAUUAAAGCCCUUUGCACUGUGACUCCAGACUGCCUUCACAGUCUUAUUAUGCAUGACUCCCAUUUCAUAAACUUUAGAUUCCAGCCCAAACUGUCACCUGGUUAUCUCCUACACAGUUCCCCUUCUCUAUCCCUUUGUAUAUACUGUCCCCAUGUUUGGAGGCCAUUCCAACUCUUAGGACACUAAGUCUUCAUGAAAGUUCAGCUCAGAUGCUACCUCAAACACAAGACCUUUUCUAAUCCCCCAACCCCAAGGACCUCUUCCCUGCCAAAGUUCCCUUAACUUUUGUACGUAUUUGAUAUUUUCAAACAAUUUCACCUUUUGUAUUACAACUAGAUUAUAAUUAUUGUAUUACAGAUACAUAUUUUGUGUUUAUAAAAUAUCUAUUUGUGUUGUUUCCUCCAAAAGCCAAGCCUCCCUUGAAGGCAAGGACUCUUUGGGUUUUGUAUUGUAUCUCAUGUGCCUGGCAUGUAGUAAGUCCUUGAGAAAUAGGUGUUGAUCUCACUCUUUUCCCUCUUCUAGGCUCUUCUCUCCCUUCCUUUCCCUUUCCCUCUGUUAUUCUUUUUUUCUCCUCUUUCCUCUUACCUCUUGUCACAUUUCUUCUUCCCUCCUCCUUUCCCUAGGAUGAAAUGGAUAAGUGUGAUGGUACUUACCAUUCUGCUACCCCUAAUAAUUGUACACUGUGGUUGAUAAAGUCACUCCCUGUAUCCUCCCCCUACCCAGGGUUGGAAAUAGCCUCAAGGAAGGAAUUCUGUUGUACUGACCCUUGCUCUGAAGAAUGACCAAUAAUUCUCCUGGAGAGAGGUACUCCAGAAUUUAGGGAGGCCAAUGUAGGCAGACUUUCUUUUAUGCUAUAGGGAUGCAUAAAGUUAUCUCUGAAUUUUGUUGAACUGAGUUUUGUUGAACUCUUUGACAAAUCACUACUGCAUACACUUGUAAAGCAAAGACCACUCCCCACGCCAUACACCAACCUCAUUUAUCUUAAAGCAAAUUCCAUAAGAAAAAGUCUAUAUAUAAAUUAAAUGGGACCUACCUCUA